AGAACGUUGGCGCUCCGGUAAGACAAUUGCGCUGCGAGACCGAACAGCCCUUUGAUUCACGCCGGUGUGACACAGUUAGAGAGGGUGAAGCGGAAACUGGGCGUAAACGGUGCCGCUUGCCAAAAGAGAAGGGGAAAAAGAAAGCGAACACCACAAUACGAACAACAAAUUGGUUUCCGUUGCUCCAUUCUUUAUUUUGGUUACUUCACGCACACACACACACACACCUCAGUCUAUUUACACGUCGCAAUGAGCCACGUGGUGUUGAUGGUGGCAGAGAAGCCGUCGCUGGCGGAGAGCAUCGCGCAGAUUCUCAGCAACGGCAGCUGUGCCCGCCGCACACGCGCGCUGCCAGUGUACGAGUACAACAGCGUCUUUAUGGGUGCGCCUGCGUACUUCAAGGUGACCAGCGUCACCGGACACGUCUUCGCCUGCGACUUUACCUCGCAGCAUCAAAACUGGGAUCGCACGGACGAAGAGGAGCUUUUUUCGGCUCCCAUUACGUGGAAGGAUAAUUCCGGCAAGGUCACGCACCAUCUCGAGCACGAGGCGCAGGGCUGCGACACGCUGGUGCUAUGGCUCGAUUGUGACCGCGAGGGCGAGAACAUCUGCUUUGAGGUGAUGCAAGUCGUGCGCCGACAAAUCUACAACCACAACUGCAUCUUCCGCGCCCACUUCUCCGCCAUCACGGCCGAUGAAAUCUUCCACGCCUUUCGCAACCUCGUCAAGCCGAACAAGAACAUCAGCGACGCCGUGACGUGCCGCCAGGAACUCGACCUGAAGGUGGGGGUUGCCUUCACCCGCUUUCAGACCAAGUACUUCCAGGGCAAGUACGGUGACUUGGACGCCAGCGUGAUCAGCUACGGCCCGUGUCAGACCCCCACGCUCGGUUUCUGCGUGCAGCGCCAUGACGAGAUUCUCAACUUUAAGCCGGAGAACUUCUGGCGUCUCGUGCCUGUCGCGUCGCGCAACGGUGUACUGCUCCAGUUUGAUUGGGAGCGUGGUCGCGUCUUCGACGAGACGAUGGGGCGACUUCUGUUGCAAAAGGUGGCGAAGCACGGCAAGGUCGCCACCGUGACAAACGUCGCCGUGGGCAGCGACACCCGUCCUCGCCCAACCGGCCUGAACACCGUCGACCUCAUGAAGAUCGCCAGCAGGGCCCUCGGGAUUGGCCCGCACUACGUGAUGAGCAUUGCGGAAAACCUGUACAUCCGCGGCUACAUCUCGUACCCGCGGACCGAGUCGACCGCCUACCCGCCGUCGUUUAACCUGGCCGGUGCGCUGGCGUUGCAGAAGAAUCACUCCAUGUGGGGCGCCUACGUCUCCGCGCUCCUGCAAGACGGCCACGUGCGCCCCAAGGCGGGCAAGGACGCCGGCGAUCAUCCGCCCAUCACCCCGAUGCGCAGUGCCACCCCUGCCGAGCUCUCAGGGGAUGAGUGGCGUAUCUACGAUUACAUUACCCGCCACUUCAUCGCCUCCGUCUCCCCGGACUGCAGACUCAUCAAGACGAAGAUUACGAUUGAGUUGGGCGGCGAGGUUUUCAGCAUCUCCGGGAAGGUCGUCGAGGACCCCGGCUUUACGGAGAUUAUGCCACAUGCUCGCGUGGAGGACGACAAGGUGCCGACCGGGGUGAGCAGAGGGGACGCGUUCCAGCUGUCGGACGUGCGGCUGCAGGCGGGUCAAACGCAGCCGCCUUCCUACCUGACGGAGUCCGAUCUGAUUGGAUUGAUGGAGAAGAACAGCAUUGGCACGGAUGCCUCGAUCUCCACCCACGUCAAUAACAUUGUCGAGCGGGGCUACUGCAGCGUGCAGCCGGGACGCAUUAUGAAACCGUCGAAACUCGGCAUUGUGCUCGUGCACGGCAUCAAGACAAUCGACCCGGAGCUGGUGCUGCCGCUGGUGCGCAGCCGCGUGGAAGAGUACGUCACCCACAUCGCCGAAGGACGCGCGCAGCUGCAGGACGUGCUGAGCUACUCGCUCGACCUCUUCUUCGCCAAGUUCAAGUUCUUCAAACAGCACAUCGACACUUUUGAUGCGCUCAUGGGCGCGUCCUUCUCCGCCAUCUCUGCGUCCGGCAAGCCCAUCACCCGCUGCGGCAACUGCAUGCGGUACCUCAAACACAUCGACACCCGCCCGCAACGCCUCUACUGCCCUUAUUGCGAGGUCACCUUCGCCCUCCCCCAGGGCGGCGCGAUCAAGCAGUAUUCCAACUUUAAAUGCCCCAUCGACAACUUCGAGCUCGUCAUUUGCCACAUUGAAGGCGGCAAGUCGUUCCCUAUCUGCCCGAACUGCUACAACAACCCACCGUUUGAGGACCUGAACCCACGGAGGGGUGGCCAGUAUGGCGGCAACAAUGAUGCGAUAGCCACACGUCACAUGGCGUGCGAUGAGUGCCGCCACCCUACCUGCGAGCACUCUCUCGCCACCAACUACGUCUGUGACUGCAUUGACCCCUUCUGCAAGGGCAGCAUGGCGUUUGUGCCUCGCACGGCUGGUAAAUGGAAAGUCUGCUGCAACAAAUGCCCGAUGAUGAUCCUGCUACCCCCGACGGCGCAGCGCGUCUACGUGAGCUCGGAGGAGUGCCCGGAUUGCGGUGCGAACUGCUUGGAUAUUAUGUUCCCAGAGGGCAAGAGCGUGCUGCCCAACAGGAAGGAUCGCGUCGUGGGGUGCAUCUUCUGCAAUCCAGGACUUAGCGCGCUGUGCGAGGAGGUGCGUGGUCGGCUGGGCAACUUCCGGCGUCCCGGCGCCAUGGCCGGCGGCCGUGGUGGCCGUGGUGGCGGUCGCGGGCGGGGACGUGGACGGGGCCGUGGCAACCGCGACGAUCGAUGGUAA